AUAAUUGACACAUAAGAACUAUCAACAUCAUAAACAAUUUCGAAUUUUCAGAGAAAUGCUUUAAAUAAAUCAUAACAGCUAAUUGUAAGAUUUCGAAUAUGGCUCAUCAUUAUGUGGUUACAGCCCAUAAACCUACCGCUGUUACGGCUUGUGUCACCGGUAAUUUUACAUCAGCGUCCGAUCUGAAUUUAAUUGUAGCCAAAGAUACCAGAUUAGAAAUAUACUUAGUAACGCCUGAGGGGCUUCGCCCCAUUAAGGAAAUAGGUUUGUAUGGAAAGGUAGCUGUUAUGAAGCUGUUUAGACCACAGAAUGAAAGUAAAGAUUCAUUGUUCUUAAUUACUGUUAGAUACAAUGCAAUGAUAUUAGAAUGUGUAAAUGAUGGUGAUAAUAUAGACAUAAUCACAAAGGCACAUGGAAACGUUGCAGAUAAAAUAGGAAAACCGUCUGAGACUGGUAUUUUGGCAAUUAUAGAUCCAAAAGCCAGAGUCAUCGGGUUGAGACUAUAUGAUGGGUUAUUCAAGGUCAUCCCAUUGGACAAAGAAAAUUAUGAAUUGAAAGCCUCCAACUUCAGGAUGGAAGAUUUAAAUGUUUACGAUGUAGAAUUUUUACAUGGUUGUGCUAAUCCGACAAUAAUUCUGAUCCAUCAAGAUGUAAAUGGUCGCCAUGUUAAAACCCACGAGAUAUCUUUAAGAGAUAAACAGUUUGUUAAGAUUCCAUGGAGACAAGAUAAUGUUGAGACAGAUGCUUCGAUUAUUAUCCCUGUACCAACACCUUUAGAAGGUGCUAUCAUUAUUGGGCAAGAGAGCAUCAUGUAUCAUGAUGGAAAGAAUGGAAUUGUUGUUGAUCCACCUGUUAUCAAACAAAGUUCAAUCAUAUGUUAUGCCAAAGUAGACCCGGGUGGUUUAAGAUAUCUCUUGGGUGAUAUGGCUGGUCAUCUUUUCAUGCUUUUCUUAGAAACCGAGACCAGAGGGGAUGGCACUGAAUAUGUCAAGGACUUGAAGGUGGAACUGUUGGGCGAGAUUGCAAUUCCGGAAUGCAUCACCUAUCUGGACAACGGCGUCCUGUUCAUCGGCUCCCGUCUGGGCGACUCCCAACUGGUCAAGUUGAACACGAAGGCAGACGAGCACGGUUCCUAUGUGACCGUAAUGGAGACAUUCACCAACCUGGCUCCCAUCGUUGACAUGUGCAUGGUAGAUCUAGAGAGACAGGGGCAGGGUCAGUUGGUCACGUGUUCCGGAGCCUUUAAAGAGGGUUCUUUGAGGAUUAUUCGGAACGGAAUAGGCAUACAGGAACAUGCGUCCAUCGAUCUGCCCAGCAUCAAGGGAAUGUGGGCCUUGCAGGUCGCAUCCGACGGAAAACUGGACAACACCCUUGUGUUGUCUUUUGUGGGACAGACUCGAGUCCUCAGCCUCAAUGGGGAAGAGGUGGAAGAGACUGAAAUCGUUGGGUUCUCUGGUGACCAGCAGACCUUCUUCUGCGGUAACGUGAUCCACGAACAGCUGGUGCAGGUCACUUCGGCUUCUGCCAGACUGGUUUGCGCCCUCACCAAGAGACUGUUGUCCGAAUGGAAACCGCCCAACGACAAGAACAUCAGCGUGGUGGCUUGCAACACCUCCCAACUGGUGGUGUCUACGGGAUCCGCGAUAUAUUACCUGGAAAUUCAUCUCAAAGAAUUGAUACUGAAGGGAACAACGAAUUUGGAGUUUGAAGCUUCGUGUUUAGAUAUCACACCGGUGAAGGACGGUGCUACCACUGCGGAAUAUGUGGCAGUUGGUUUAUGGACAGAUAUAUCUGUGAGAAUACUGAGGAUUCCCGAUUUGUCGGAAGUAACUAAAGAACAUCUUGGAGGUGAGAUCAUACCCCGAUCGGUCCUCAUGGCCUCCUUCGAGGGUCACUCCUAUCUCCUCUGCGCGCUGGGCGAUGGAUCCAUGUACUACUUCGUUCUGGAUAAGGAUUCCGGCUGUCUGACCGAGAAGAAGAAGGUCACUCUGGGCACCCAACCAACGGUGCUCAAGACCUUCCGAUCCCUCAGCACCGUCAACGUGUUCGCCUGCUCGGACAGGCCCACCGUUAUCUAUUCGUCCAACCACAAGUUGGUCUUUUCCAACGUGAACGUGAAAGAGGUGAACCAUAUGUGCUCGUUGAAUUCCGAAGCGUAUCCCGAUAGUUUGGCCCUGGCCACGGAUUCUUCGGUCACCAUCGGGACCAUCGACGAGAUACAGAAGCUGCACAUCAGGACGGUGCCCUUGUACGAGUCUCCGAGGAGGAUAGCCUACCAGGAACAGACGCAGACCUUCGGCGUCAUCACCACCAGGAUAGACAUCCAGGACUCGACGGGUCUGAACCCAGCCAGACCGAGCGCCUCGACCAUGGCCCAGCAGUCAUUCGUACCCAGCAGCGUGGCCUCGCUGUCAGGCGUCAAAUCGAGCACUAGCGGCCUUCUCGGCACCUUGAACCCGAUGCCCGAAUACGGACAGGAAGUGGAGGUCCACAAUUUGCUCAUCAUCGAUCAGCACACCUUCGAGGUGCUGUUCGCCUACCAGCUGUUGCCUCAGGAGUACGGGAUGUCCCUGAUGUCCUGUCAGCUUGGCAACGAUCCCAACUAUUAUUACGUAAUGGCAGCGGCCACGGUGAAUCCGGAGGAGAACCAGCCCAAACAGGGCAGGCUGCUCGUCUUCCAGUGGCACGACAACAAGCUGACACACGUGUCCGAGAAGGAGAUAAAGGGGGCCUGUUAUUCGCUGUGCGAAUUCAACGGCAAGAUCCUGGCCACGAUCAACAGCACCGUCAGGCUGUUCGAAUGGACGGCGGAGAAGGAACUGAGACUGGAGUGUUCCCAUUUCAACAACGUGCAGGCCCUUCAUCUGAAGACCAAGGGGGAUUUCAUACUGGUCGGAGAUAUCAUGCGCAGCAUGACGCUCCUGCAGUACAAGACCAUGGAAGGAAGCUUUGAUGAGAUAGCCAGAGAUUUCAAUCCGAACUGGAUGACGGCCAUAGAAAUACUGGACGACGAUAUAUUCCUUGGUGCCGAGAACUCCUAUAAUCUGUUUGUGUGCCAGAAGGAUAGUGCAGCGACAAACGAUGAGGAGAGACAGCAGAUGCAGGAAAUUGGCCAUUUCCACAUCGGCGAGAUGAUCAACGUUUUCAGGCACGGUUCUCUAGUAAUGCAGAAUCUAGGAGAGACUUCUACGCCCACUAGCGGAUGUGUAUUGUUUGGAACUGUUGGUGGUUCUUUAGGUUUGAUCACGUCGAUUCCUAUGCAGUUUUACGAGUUUUUGUUGGAGUUGCAGAAUAAAUUGGCUAAUGUCAUUAAGUCGGUUGGAAAGAUAGAACACUCUUAUUGGCGUGCCUUUCAUACAGACAUGAAGAUGGAACAGAGCGAGGGAUUCAUUGAUGGAGAUUUGGUCGAGAGUUUUCUGGAUCUUUCACAGGAGAAAAUGAAGGAGGUGUCUGAAGGAUUACAGAUGGUUCAAGAAGGUGGCAUGAAACAAGAUUGCACAGUGGAGGAUUUAGUUAAAAUCGUAGAAGAUUUAACUAGGAUUCAUUGAAAAUAUUAUGUUAUUUCUUAAUUUUUUGAGUAAUGUUUUAUUUAGUAUGUUAAAUUACGAAUUUUGUACAAAGUAAAGCAAAAUAAGACCAAAAAA